CCUGUACCAGCCCAUUACAGGGAAAUCCACUCCCCAUGGGGUGAGGCAGGCAAUCCUAUAAAAAAGAGUCUCAGUGCUUGACUGCAGUAUUCCUGGUACUCAAGCAUUGGUCUGCUCCGGAGAACCUGAUUCUGAGACUCAAGUACGAUGUCUUACUACCAGCAGCAGUGCAAUCAGCCGUGCCGGCCUCCUCCUGUGUGCCCACCCCCGAAGUGCCCUGAGCCUUGUCCUCCCCAAGUGUGGCCUGGGCCUUGUCGUCCUGUCAUGUGCUUUGAGCCUUGUCUUCCUUCAGUGUGGCCUGGGCCGUGUCGUCCUGUAGUGUGCUAUGAGCAAUGCCCACCUCAGCCAUGGCAGUCAACAUGCCCUCCUGUGCAAUUUCCACCAUGCCAGCAGAAGUGACCACCCAACAGGUGAAGGCCUCCCAGUCAUCAGGACCAGGGGAAGUGAAAGAAAUCUGUCUCACCAGCUCACCGACUCCAUAGCAACACUUCCAUCCUCCUUUGAAAGCCUGUCUGGAUGCAGAAGAAUCUUCUCCACCCUUCAUCCUCCAUGUGCUUAUGAUGGCUCCUCACAGAGAAGGCAUUGCUCUCAGGCUGAUCUCCUGCUGCUUUCCUGGGGAUGCUGAGAAUGAUCCUUUCUCUUGUUUUUGUACACCAGGGGAAGCACAACAGGUAUCUACUCUGUGCUUUCAGAGGAGCCUUCUCAGCCUGCCUGUUACCUGAUCAGGGCAAUGGUCACUGCUGUUUCAUUUCCUGAAAUAAAAAAGGACCCCUUUGGUGAUGGUCUAAUAAAUACUUUUUUUCUUGCAAAACUGCCUAAUAUUGUAUUACUAUUUUGGCUUUUUUCUAUCCUGUGGUAGAGAGUUUAAAUUUUAAUUCAAUGUUUCCUAAAUGUAGUCAAAUCAAAGACCAAUACAAACUUUUCCUUUCCAUUGAUUAGUUGAUUUAUUUAUAUUUCAAAUAUUUUCCCCCUGCCUGGUUUCCCCUUGAAAACCCCCUACUCCACCACCCCCUCCUCCCAAUUCAAUCUAAUUUCAAAGUUAUGUCUUGACCAUACAAAGAUUUCAUUGUUUUGAAGACCAAAUUUCUUAACUUCUUAAAAUAUUAUCAUUUUAAAUAUAAGGUAAAACACUAUCAUCAGUCAGCCACCUAUUUAUCUACAAUCAAUUACUAACUUUCAUCUUUAGUAUACAUUUGAAUUGUCACCUAUGGUAUAGUUACUGUCAGACCCCAUACAUGCUAUAGAGUUCAGUAAUUGUCCAUGCACUAGGAGAAGCAGCUCUCCAUCAUUAUCAGCAAUACCCCUGUGACACUUUCUCAUAACUACUCAGCAAAUGCUAUUUUAAAACUACAUUUUUCUUCCCCAAUGCCUUCUUUCUUUAUUAAUUUAAUACAUUUCUUUUGUGAUACUAAAGAAAGGGGGCUUUGUGGUUCUUAUGAAAUCUCUUGAUAUGAUAGCAAUCCUUAAAAACAGGUUUGAUUGAAGAAAUGGGGAGAAAAGCAUUUUUGAGAGGUCAAAUUGCCUUUUCCAUAGGUAUCCUUGCUAUUCUGACAUCUCACAAAAUCCUGUACAUUACGACCUUCCUCAUUCUUAGCUUCUGGAAGCCAGUCUUUACAGAAUAACAUGGUUAAUGGCAGCUGAAGACAUAGUGGAGUUAAGAAGUUACUGGGGAUUCCCAAAGAAACAACUUGAUCAAAGUUCUGAAGGCAAGGAAUCCCUGACUUUACAUUACAGAGGAAUCUCCAAGUGAGCUUCAGGCACUGAUGAGAUUCAGGCAGAAAUUUAGGCAAAACCUCUUCUUUUAAAAAGACUUGAACAGGUGUCCCCUUGGGAAGGAUAAGCCACAGAGAGACAUGAAACACACAAGGCAGAAGCAAUGGAAGAUGGCCAUCUUGGGUCACACUGCCCGAGAAAGCAUAUAAAGCCUGUUCUCACAUGCUUUUCCUGUUAUCAUUAAACAUAUACGACAAUCACUAGCAGAUUUCUGCAGAUCUACAAAGAUGUAGUGAUGCUAUAUAGACAAUUAGAUGACUUCUUAAUUCUUAAUGAUGAUUCUAUAAGAAUUCUUAAGAUUAUAUCAGUAUUCAUUAAGCUCUUUUAUAGUGGGACUGCUAUUAGGUCCUUUCUGAUAUAAAAUCUUCAAUGAAAAUUCUACCUGUCUCCCAUGUGUCACCAAUUAAUUGCAUCUUAGAGAGUAAGCAGACAUCUACUACUCAGAUUCCAAGAGGCUGUAAAAAUAUUAUAGGUGCUAGGACAAAAGAUAAAAUAUCGAGUGGGAUAUCUAUAAAAAAUUCACUAAUAACUUAGUUAUGAUUUUUAACUCUCCAUGAACCUUUUGAGCUGUGACAGGUGAUAAAUGUUUAGCCGGAUAAUUAUUUCUAAUGGAUAUGAAUGUAAACAUUAAAUGUUGUAAACUUCUUAUUCAAUUUAUAAUUUAAAUUUAUGUGUAAAUUUGUGAUGAACCUUUUACUAUAUGAUCAUGUAUUCUGAAAGAUGUAUAAGUGCUGACGACAAAGAAAAGAGACAGAACUGAGCUGAAGAGAACUUUUUGACAUAACUGAACUCAGGAAGGGUGAUAUUGCAGACAUCAAGGGAAUGGGUACUAUUCAAAAAGGAAUGCCCCAUAAGUGUAACCACGGCAAAACAGAAGAGUCUACAUUGUCACUCGGUGGGCCGUGGGCAUCAUUGUAAACAAGCAAGUUAAUAAGGGCAAGAUUCUAGCCAAGAGGAUCAAUGUGCGGAUUGAGCACAUCAAGCUCUCAAAUAGCAGAAACAGCUUCUUGAAGUGGGUGAAGGAGAACGACCAGAAGAAAGAGAAGCCAAAGAGAAGGGCACCUGGGUACAGUUGAUGUGCCAGCCUGCACCACCUAUAGAAGCACACUUUGUGAGGACCAACAGAAAAGAGCCUGAGCUGUUGGAGCCCAUUCCAUAUGAAUUCAUGGCCUAAUAAACAAAAACGAAAAAAGGACCCAGACUCCAAAGUGUUUUCCUUAAAAAAAAAUAAUAAUGCUUGUCAGACAUUAAUACUUUUUCCUUUGGAAAAUAUUGGUUCAUGUUUGUAGCUACUUUUUUGUUUGGGUUGUUUGAUUUGUUUAUUAUUUGUUCAGUAUUUAUUUAUUUAUUUAGGGUUUUUUUUUUUGAGACAGAAUUUGUGUAUUUUCUUUCUAGUACUAGCUGUUCUUGAACUUGUUCUGUAGAUGAGGCUGGACUUAAACUUAGGGAUCCACCUGUCUCUGCUCAAGUGAUGGCAUUAAAGGUUUGUGCUAUAUCUAUCGUUGCAGAAACUUGAUGUGCCAGGGUGGAAGGAGACACAAGUGGCCUCUAUUCUCUCAGAGGAAAGGGCUAAAGGGGACAGAUUAUCAGCGGUGAACUGCCAGGAGGGGAGGCAGUAAUAUGGAUACAAAGUGAAUAAAUAUAUUAAUUAAUAGAAAAAUUACAGAUGAACUGCUCUCAGAAAAACAAACAAACUGAAACAAUAACAAAAAACAAAAAAGCAAAGCUACCCAUACACAUAAUUAAAAAUAAAUUUUAAAACAUCUUUAAAAAC